AGGGCGCAGCUGCGCGCAACAGCCGGGGCCGCGGCAGGUCCGCAACUUUGCCGGCACUGGAGCGCGCUCCCGCCCAGCUGGGAGGACCGGACCCGCCAGCCGCCGCGCCCUGGCCAGCCCGGGAGCGCCGAGGUCCCUUCGGGAGCGCAGUCCGCCGGCCCCAUCGCGCUGGUCCCGCAGUCAGCGCCCGGCCCGUCCCCGACGCACCUGCUGCGCCCUUCUCCCGCUUCACCGAGCUCCCCUCCCCCCGCCUCGGACAACUACGCGCUCUCCCGGGGCCUCCCUGUCCUAGGGAGGUGCGGAGGCUGGAGGGGGAGGCGAGAGGAGGGGGGUGGGGACGUGGAAAGACAGUCCCAGCCUUCCCCGCCCGCCACCCCCACCCCAACUCGGCAGCCGUCACGUGGUGCCUGGAGUGGGAGGUGAGGAGAAGAGGCUAGACUUUUUGGAUGCUCGCUUCGCCAGUAGUUCCUUCAGUCUCAGCCGCCAACUCCGGGGACGCAGCGCCCCGCCCGAGAGAGCCGGCGAGAGGAGCAGCGACCGCAGCCCGGAGCCCCGCGCGGGCGAUGCGGGCGCCGCUGGCGGCACCUGCGGCUCCUCUCGGCGGCGACGGUCGCCUCGGCGACAGCAGCGCGGGCCACCGAAGCUCCGGCAGCCACCGCCGCUGCGGCGCGGACAGGACCCGCCGCGCUCGCCGCCUCGGAGGCACCUGCCCGCUCCCGGCCCCGCGGCUCCGGGAGGAUGUGGAUCCUCGGCAUCGCAGCCACGUUUUGCGGAUUGUUCUUGCUUCCAGGCUUUGCGCUGCAGAUCCAGUGCUACCAGUGUGAAGAGUUCCAGCUGAACAACGACUGCUCCUCCCCGGAGUUCAUCGUGAACUGCACGGUGAACGUCCAGGACAUGUGUCAGAAAGAAGUGAUGGAGCAAAGUGCGGGGAUCAUGUAUCGCAAGUCGUGUGCCUCCUCCGCAGCCUGCCUCAUCGCGUCGGCCGGGUACCAGUCCUUCUGCUCCCCCGGGAAGCUGAACUCGGUGUGCAUCAGCUGCUGUAACACCCCUCUGUGCAACGGGCCACGGCCCAAGAAGAGGAGCAGCUCGGCCUCCACCCUCCGGCCAGGGCUGCCCGCCACCAUCCUGCUCCUCAAAGUAGGCCUCUUCCUGGCGCGCUGCUGAAUGAGAGCGCGCCCGCUGCAUCGUCUCCUGGCUCCCGCUCCGGUCCAUGGCUCUCUGGGCAUGCUUUGAUUCUGGGUAGGGAGCCCGCGUUCUCUUUCCUUUAGUUCCUUUGCAAAUAACGGAAGAGCUCAGCGUAAAACAUUUUUGUAAGCUCUGAAUAAAUUCAGUCGGACUGAACUCUCAGUGUGUACUUAGAAGAAGGGAGGGGAUGGCAGUCCCCGUCUGUAACCAGAGUCAAGGCGGCAGAAUCAGCCUUAGGAGACCUGCAGGGGCAUCUGCCUCCCCGAGGCCCCUGGCUCCCCCUCCUGUCCCCGGCGCGGGAGCAGGUGGUUUUGUCACAGCUGUGCGUGUGCGGGGAAUGCUGCUGUCACCGCCCGGCUGGUUAGCGCUCCAGGCUUGCUAACCUGACAUUCACACUUCAUGCUCCUGAACACCAUUCUCGGCUGCAGAACUGGCUGGUUUCGUCUGCCACUGGGGCUCUGGCGACUCGGGACUCGAUGGCUGGGCCUCAGCCUCGGGCUUGGCCUCGGCCUGGCUCUGAAACGUGCUUAGGGAAACCUGGCGCGUGGUCCUGGCGGAGGAACCGCGCCGGGACGCGAGGCGGAGGAGCGGGCGGCGCGAACGGGCGCUGUCGGUGGGCGAGGAGGAGGCGGCCAGGCUCCGCAGGCGCCGCUCCUGGUUGGCGUGCUGCAGGGUCAGGCGGCAGCGCAGCACCUGCCAGAACACGGCGCGGAACUGCCGCGAGGACACGUUGUACAGCAGCGGGUUGAUGACCGAGCUCAGGUAGAAGAAGGUGUCGGAGAACGGGAGCAGGGUCAUGUACGCCUGGAAGUAGGACCGGGUCCAGUCGUGCUUGGGCCGGGAGGCAGCCAUGAUCCUCCGGAUCUGGUUGGGCAUCCAGCAGAUGGCCAAGGUCAAAACGAUCAGCCCUGAGCAGGCAGGUGGGGGGAGAGACAGAAACACAGCAUGAGAACAACACAGCCAUCCAGUUUUUACCCCUCCGUGCUCUGCUCACCGGCCCCGAAACGGGACCGUUUUCCAAUGUUGGGUUUGACAGCUUCCGCAAAAAAUGUCCCAUCGUUUCAGGGCUGGGGGAGUUGACUGUAUGAAAGACCAUUAAAUGCUUUAGACAGUUUAU